CGCACGCGCUGUGCUCCUUUCUGGCUGGGAAACCAGAAAAACCCUCCAAAACCCUGGCAAUGGCAGUGAAUGGCGAUGCACAGACCGUCCAUGUCCACAGGCUCCCUCAAUCCAAGUACAUCGACGAAGUUCGCUGGAUUCCGGCGCUUUCCGCCUUCGAUCGCUACUUCGCCGCCGCCGUCUUCGACUUUGAUUCCGAUGCCUCCGCCAUCGAAAUCCAUUCACUCGACCAAUCAAAUCCAGCUAAUCCAAUCCUCCAAUCGUCAUGGUCCUCGCCCUCAAGAAUUUCCUCGCUCAGAGUUUCUCAGGUCUUCCAAAAACCCCUCGUUGCUGCUUGCACUCUCGCCGGUCGGCUGCACGUCCUGUUCCCCGACGCGGUCGAUGGCUCGAUCAGAUCGGAGGUCACGGUGCCUGACGAUUCCCUGCACCAUGGAGCCAUUUCAUUUUGUGACGUGCAGGAAAGUGCGUCAGAGUUCGUUACUGUUGGGGAGGAUGGGAGGGUGAAUUUAGUUAGUAUCGGCAAUUCGAGGUCGAGCCACCGUUGCAUUUUCGAUUGCGACGGGUUGGCGUCUUUUACGGCGGUGAAGUGGGCGUCGCCGACGGAGUUUGCCACCGGUGGGGUGGGGUUUGGUCUUCAGUGGUGGGAUUUACGAGAGAGGCCCGGAGGGCCAGCUUCUGAGUUCAAGGCUAACUGGUCUGUUGGAACUACUUCUGGAAUUGUACACUCCAUUGAUAUUCAUCCAUCACGCAAGCACACUUGCCUUGCUGGAGGCUCCUCUGGUACUGUAUUUGCAUGGGAUCUCCGGUGGCCACAGCAGCCUGUAAUUUUAUCUGCGGCUACGGCAGUUGAGAUGGAGAACUCAUCACCAGCUGAAAGUGAAGUCUGGGAAGUCCAUUUUGAUGGUUAUAUGCGUUCUUUAAACAUUGGUAACAACUCUUCACGGAUUUUACCGGUUAUGAUCUGCUCAGAAGAUGGCAUCCUCGCUGUCAUUGAAGAAGGUCAGGAACCCGUUGAGCUCUUAGCAGAACCGUGUGCCAUCAACAGCUUUGACAUAGACCGACAGAACCCUGCGGAUGUUGUAUGUAGCUUAGAAUGGGAGUCCAUAGCCAUUUUGGCAAGGCCAUAAUUUCUGGAUUUGUGAUAAAGAACUCAAGGUUCGUGUAUCUAAGGAGUGAUGAAGCUCUGCUCUACUACUGGCACACCAUGAUCUUGGAAGGUGAACACAGCAACUGACGGCAUUUUGUACCGGUAUAUACUUUAGAUAAACCGCAACCCAUAUCUAAGGCUUAUAGUUACAUUUUCAUUACAUGUAGCACAAAUGGUGCUUCCAGGGGCACUGGAAUGCGUCUACCUCUGAAAAGCAAGUGUAUUUUAGGAACUGUCUGAUCUUGUUUCAGGGCAUGUUAAAAGAAAAUUGCAUGCAGCAGCUGUAGUUUAGUUUGCUUGAUCUAUUGCCCCAUCAUCAUUGACAGGACAUGUUGAGUGACAUUGUUGCUUCUGUUGUAUCUCCGUUGAUACUGGAUUUUCUGUUUCUUUUAGGUAGUGCUACCUCCAGACGGCAUUUUGCUAAUUUUACCUCAGCAUUCUGCUUUCUUCUAUCAAUCUCCUUUUAACUGUUGGAAUCUUGUUCUACUGAGUUAAACAAUGGCAGCUUGAGACAUAUUUGUUCUUGUAGGGAGGGAAAAGAAAGAGAAAUGAUUUGACUCUCUACAUUUUGUUACAAUUUCUUUUAAUUUGUGGAAUGGAAGGAAACGGAUGCAUAUAUCUUGCCAACUAAUCU